AAUUACCCCUGGCCCCUGUUGUGGCUCCUGUGCUGAACAGAUCAGAAGUUCAUUCAUUUCUUUCUGCAACAUGUGCUGUGUUGAAGGUCGGAACUAAUAUGACAGACGGAGCGUUCUACACGGACUCUUUAAAGCGCUGCACACAUAUACUCUGUUACCAGCAGGACGAGUUGUAAAUUUCGGACGUCAGAGCACGGACUAAUUGAGAGGUGAAGGAAGAAGCCAAAAGUGGAUUUUAAGUGAAACCUUAAAGUUGUAUCUGGCAAAGAUCACCUGAUUCCAGCAAACAUGGAUGGAAAACCCACCUGUGACCAGUGUGGGAAGACUUUCACCCAAAGGAGUAACCUUACAAGACACCUACACAUCCACAGUGCAGAAAGACCGCAUGACUGUGACCAGUGUGGGAAGACUUUCACCCGCAUGAAUCACCUUAAGAGACACCUACGCAUCCACAGUGGAGAAAGACCAUAUAACUGUGACCAGUGUGGGAAGACUUUCACCCGCAUUACUCACCUUAAGACACAUCUUCGCAUCCACAGCGGAGAAAGACCAUAUAACUGUGACCACUGUGGGAAGACUUUCAACCAAAGGGGUAACCUUAAGACUCACCUACACAUCCACAAUGGAGAAAAACCUUUUAACUGUGACCAGUGUGGGAAGCCUUUCAGAGCCUGGUCAGAAUCAUGUUCUGACCAUCAUAAUUAUCACAAGAAGGUCAUGUACCCAUGUGAUAAGUGCACAAAGAUAUUCUGGUCAUUCAGCCCUUACAAGUAUCACCAAUGGACCCAUACUGAAAAGAAACCCUACCAGUGCAGGUUUUGUGACAGAUCUUUUAUCACAGGUUCACAAUGUACCAAACAUGAACAUAUCAAACAUGUCCACAAAGGACAAAAACUGAACAAUUGUACAAAAAGUGAAGCUCUAGAAACAAGUACAAACAACCAGUGUCAUAACACACCAAAACAGUUUGAGUGUUACCGAUGUGGAAAAAGAUUCUUGUCAUCCUUUGCCCUUUCCUAUCAUCAGCACAGAUGUGACUCAUCAGCAUCUGGACCAAAAAGUUCCUCAGCAUCAGAUGGCAAGAAGAAACACAGUGUGUCUGAACCAGCACCACCGAUUACUUUUGACAAGAACAUCAAACUUAAAAACCUCCAGAUCUGCCUCCGUAGAAUCCAGAUGGGAAGACAAACACCAGACUGAGAGCUGCUCUGAAACUUUGCUCUAAUGCACCACCCUCACAAAACAGCGACUUUACAGAACCUCAAACUAGUGGAGGUCAACAAGGACGUGGUUUCAGUGGGGAUACUACUUCUUAUUGACUUCGUGGACAUUCAGUUUGUCACUUGUUGUUGUGAUUCUGUACAACACCUGUUCAUUUUUCACAAAUGAAACCAGCUACUCCUGUAACAAUUGUUCCGUGCAGUUUAAGUUCAUCCCCUGAAAUAUUCUACUCUUUUUUUUUUUUUUUUUUUUUUUUUUUCCACCAACUGUGCAUGUGUGAAUUAACUGUUC